UCUCUCUCUCUCUCUUUUUCUCAUCCUGAGCGCAGCUCCACCAAACUCCCUUCCAUCCUCGCAUCAUACAGAAAAUUCUACUUCCCAUCUCUAUACAUGCUUUGCUGCACACAUAAGUGCAAAUCUUGGGUGCGCCAUGAAUCCCAUGGAGUGCACAACAGUGCCACAGCAGCCGACGAGGCCUGCCAUGCACGACUGCUCGCGCGAGAGCAAAAGGCUGAAGCCGGAGAUAAGAGUAGUGCACGUAAAUUCACCGGAGAUCAUCAAGACAGAUGCAGCAAACUUCCGUGAGCUCGUACAAAGGCUCACCGGGAAGCCGACCAUAGGAAUCGGUAAAAAGAAGAAGAAGAAGAAGAAGAAAAGGAAAACACUUUGCAUGACAGCCCAGGGAGAGGUGGCUCCGAGGUGCAAACCAGUCGAGGUUAUGGGAGGACAGAAGGAGAAGCACGAGGAGUAUGGGUGUGGGGAAGGAGCAAAGAGAGGCUCGGAGGUGGAAGAGACGAGAGAAUUGUGGGUGGAGAAGAAUUCGGGUUGUUUCUCUGGUAAGUUUGGGGAGAUGGAUAGUUUUCUCCAAGAGCUGAGUGAUGUUCCACUGCCUCCAUGGUGUUCUCCUCGAGUGGAAGUGGUAGGAGAAGGCACCUGCUUCCUACCAGAAGAAAUAGGAGAUUAAUCAGGAGGAGGUGUGUGUCCAGGGUUCUAUGAGCCCUCCUCUUAUUCCUCUGUUCUAUUCUCCUUAUUUGGAAGCCGGAAUUUGCAGCUUUGAUAUAAAGUCAAGGGAAAUUUAUUAUGAUGCA